AUGGCGCACCUCCUGGGCCACCCCGGCUGCAUGGCGAGCCUGCGGGCCGACCUGCGGGACCUGCAGGGAGCCAUCGCCGACGUCGCCUCCCGGGCUGGCCCUGCGCGCUUCCCCUCCUGGAAGUUCCCCGAUAAAGUGUCCUGCGAGCUGGACCUGGCGGCGCUGCUGGAGCGGUACGGCUACGCCGAAGGUGACCCCGAAUUCAGCCAGCACGCCCAUGUGGUGCUGCUGGAGCUGGUGAUAGACAGGUGA